AAGAUGACCCUGAGCGGCAUCAGGAGGCAGCUCUGGCUUACUAUGCUUCACUUGGGGAAAGAACUCAGACCUCAGCAGACGUUUUUUCUCUUCCCACUGGGGAGCAGAUUAAACUUGAAACUUCGUCUGUUUGCUUUUUCCCCCUGCACCGUGAUGAACCUCAACAUAAGAUACUGGUUUUGGUUAAUCCCCAGGAAACAAAAACAGGUUCAGUCAUUUGGGGAAAGGAUUGUGCUUUUCAUUCUAAACGUCGUUAUUUUUGGAAGAUCGGAGAGAAAUUUGGAUGAUGAUGCCAUGUUUUUUCUACCUCACUCUGCGGAGGAGCAAGCUAAAAUUCUGUGGAGACACGGGGCAGCCGUUGGAUUUUACACAACCAAAAUGAAAGGCAGCUUGUGUGGUGAUGGCACUGGUUCAUGCUACCUGCUGCCUGUCUUUGAUACCGUGUUCAUCAGGAGGCAACACCGUCGCCAAGGCCUGGGGACGUUUAUGCUGCAGGACUUCUGUGAGACGUUCCGAGAGGAUGAGGCCCUGGGGGUCAGUUGCCCCAUUUCUCCUGCCAUGUAUCAAGUCUGCAGGCGGUUCCUGUCGGCCUGUCCAGAGGAGCGAGCGCGCCUGUGGGAGGUGGAGCCCCCCGGGGCCUGGGGCCAGCGCACCAACAUCUGGCUCAAGGUUCAACUUCAGCAAGCAAGACUUCCAGGCUCUCACCCCGGAAAUCCUGAGGAGGACAUGAAUGGUCAGGGGUGGAUUUCUCAAGAGGACGGACCUGGACAGUCCUCCAGUAGAGACGGCAGCAAGGAGAGGGUCCGUGGAGAAGAACUGGAAAACACAGAGAAUGACUGAGAUUGUAGAAUGGAAGAAGCGGGAGCUGGGCUGCCCGUGAGGCCCUCCUGGGCUGAGCUGGAGAGGAAGGGAGCCCAGGGCACUGUGGUGGCCACCAGGCUGGAAGGGGAGUUGGGGUGGAAUCAUGUGCAGCCCAGUCCCUGACUCCUCCUGAGGCCCCGCUGGGCCUUGUCCAGAGGCCUGUCCUGGGCUGAGUGGGAUCGGGGUCUGAGAGCUCACGUGGCCGUGGGCUGGCCUGGCAUUCUUGCUGGACUUUCCUUGGUCACCUCCCAAGAGACAGUGGCUACAAGGCCCUGCCUGCCUCAGGCUUCCGGGGUGAGCUCACGUACUGGAAAGCCUGAGAAAGCGCUUCAUGCUUAAUUAAAGGCCAUUUUUCCAUGUGAAUUGUUGGCAGUUCCAAAAAGGUUUCAGAAACUCAUUUGUUAAACCUACUACGGAUUGUCUUUCUUGGGGUACGUGUAAGACUGCACUGGGACCGCAUGAAUGUCGUCCUGCACGUACCUCUUUCCUCAGUAUAAGGAAGCUCAGCGAGGGCUGCUGUCCCCAUCUGUGCUGCAGAAGGCCUUUCCAGCUCUGUGCACACCGGUCUCGUGGUGACCACCGGGCCACAGACCAGAGAGCUUUCUGGGGAGACACAUUCCUUUUUGAGCUCAUAUCCAGCCUUUGGACAGGAGGGCUCUGAGUGGCUCCAGGUGGGCUCAGCCAUCACCUCAUUUGUAUGGGAAGUUGCUGGAUGGGGACUUGGACUGACGGCCCCGCUAGUAGUUGGUGGCCUUGAGUGGAAAGGCUUGUUGUAGUAAAAGUAACCAAACACA